AUGUCUCGGCCAGCGUCUCCCCGGUCGUGGACCACGCCCCUGACGGCGAAUCGAUCGCCUGCCCACGACGACGUCGGCGGAGCGCUGCACACAUUCGCGUUCGUCGUUGAAUCCCGUUCGCCGAUGAGCAAUAAGGGUUCCAAAGACUCUUCACCGACCUCGGAAAAUGUCACACUGCGUUUGAUAUUGGUGAGUGGACGGACGCAUGAAUUCCAAUUUCAUCCGCUCACACCUGCUCAUGAAGUAACCCAGAAGGUGUUCGAACAAUGGCCAAAAGAGUGGGCAGAAGAAAAGGUGGAAUCGGCUUCAAUGCUUAAACUCAUCUAUCAUGGACGAUUUCUGCACGGAUCGGUCACACUGAACGCGUUAAAUUUGCCACAAGGAAAAACCACGGUGAUGCAUUUGGUGACACGAGAGAAUCUACCCGAACCGAAUUCUAACGACUCGUUGUCAAAGCGGAAACGUGGCAGCUGUUGUCGAUGCGUGCUGUCGUAG